AUGGCCUUUCUUCGUGCAUCGCUAAUUGCGUUCCUGCUUGCCGUCGCCAGUGCAGAGGGAACCAACGGGACAGCCACAGAGAGCUCCAAGACAGAGCUGCCCGCGAACGCAACGAAAGCAAAAGCGGUCGACCCUGUCCCGCCAAUUGCAGACAAGAGCGAGGCUUCUACAGCUGGACUGAAGGUCAAGCGCGGAGGCCAAGCGCAGGGCCCCGAUGUUGUCCGGAUCUUGCACAUCAGCGACACGCAUAGCCUCCAUCGAAGCACAGGCAACUUGCCGGAUGCCGACAUUCUGAUUCAUUCGGGGGAUGUGGCCAAGGUCGGUUCAGAGAGUGAGUUGGGCGAUUUCAACGACUGGCUUGGUAGCCUCAAGGGGAAGUACAAGCACAUCCUCGUCAUUUCUGGAAACCACGAUUUCUGGGACACCAAUUGGAGGUUGAACCGCGGACAUAUCUCCAACGAGGUCGCCCAGGAUCCGGCCUAUUUCCAGCACAGGAUCACGAAUGCACGAGUCCUUAAUCACGAUCUCGCCGAGGUCAUGGGCCUGAAGAUCUGGGGCGCCGGCUGGCAUCCUCGGAGAGGAGAUUCCCGGUCCGGAAACAACUAUGCAGACAUCCCCGAAGGUGUUGACAUCGUCGUUACCCACGAGGCACCGUUUGGAAUCUUCGACAUGACUGGGGGCGGCCACUGGGGCUCCAGCACGGCGCUGCUCGACGCCAUCUACCGCACCAAGCCCAAAGUGCACCUCUUCGGACACAUCCAUGAGCAGCGAGGCCAUUGGAGCAAGGCGGGAAGCCAGUACCAAGGCGGCGUGGAGUACAGGCCCAGUCCGUAUUCUGGACAGGUCUUCCGCCCCAAUGGCCCUCCUCCGCAACACUACCCCGUGGAGGUGGAGUCGAACAACGCCAUGGCCAAUCAGCCAUCCGUGGAUCACAGCUGGACCGGCGUUUGGGCACCUCAGCACAUCGUGGGCCGUCCUCGGGCCAUCAUCGCCAGAAGGCAGCCCGAUGGACUGCCACAGUGGGAUGCAACCUUGAAGCCACUAUGGGCAUUCACGAAUCAGAAGGUGUCCGCUCCGGAUGAAGUGGUGCUCCGCAUCCCUCUUCCGAACAAUGUGGUAGGCGGUGACCAGAUGGUCAUGGAGAAGAAUGACAUCGGCAAGUGGGGUAUAAAGCAUGUCAUUCGUGGAGAGUGCGACGCCUCUCAAGUGAUGCAGUCCCUAGAGUGCCUGCAGAAGACGCCGCAAGACGUCGCACAGGAUUUGUGCCAACCACAUGUCUGCAGGGUCGCGCUGAAGACCAGCAAGGGCCUCCUCAAGAUGAGGGUGGUACCUGGCUGGGCUCCCUUGGGUGCCCAGCGCUUCUUGCAGCUGGUAACGGACAAGUACUACACAGAUCUCGCCGUCUAUCGCGCAGUGUCGAGUUUUUUGGUUCAGUUUGGCGUCACGGGCGACAUGGAAAGGAGCUCCAAGUACCAGGCCCUGGAAGACGACGAGCUGAGGGGAGUGCCCAUCCUGGAGGGCAUGGUGUCCUUCGCAGCGGCCGCACCGGACUCCCGCGUAGCAACCGUCUGCAUCUUCCUGGACGAUUUCCCACAGCUGGGAAAGAAUCGCUGGGAAACGCCCUUUGGCAGAGUUGACGAGGAGUCCUUGCCAGUGCUACACAAGCUCUUCACAGGGUAUGGCGACAUGCCCCAGUGUGGCGGCACCGGCCCUGACCCAGUGCAAAUUUUGGAGCAGGGGAACGACUACAUCCGGCAGAACUUCCCACAGUGCGACUUUGUGGGCCUUCCGUCGAGUCUGCGGAGUGGCUGCAGUGAGGCAGAAGCCAAGGCGAAGCUGCCCAACCCACAUGGCCAUGUGACACAGGCGAGCGACACCAGCCCGACCUCGAAGCCGCAAAAGCCAACGUCUUACGACCAGAUCCUUCAAGGUCUCAAGGUGAACGAGAAUGGCGACCAUGAGCAAGAGCACUGGGAGUCGCUCCUGGAGCUCUGCGAAGGUUACCGAGAGUUGCACGCCGCAGAGCCGCCUUUAGAACGCCGAGCGCUGUCCUGGGCCAGGUGUAUCGCCUUCGCACAGGUGGCAUUGGGCGCAAGAGGCUGCCUUCACCGCCGAACCGGCGGGCCGCGUGUCAUCUGGGUGCUAGCGGCCACAGAUGAGGUGGAAGGUGCUCUUGCCGAGCAGGGAUACUUCAAAGAUGCGGCGUGGCUCGACCGAGAUCCGACUCAGGUGAUCAUCCUGGGGAAUGGCAUGAGACAGCUGAAGCCAACUUUGAGGUCUGGCGAGGGGCAAACGAGCACGGUCCGCAUCUCGAACCACCAGCAUGCGAAGGACCUCCCUGCACCCCACCUCGCGAUUCUGUUCAUGCCCGACCGCGAGAAUUUGGCCUUCGAGCCGGGUGGGAACGACAGUUCGGAGCUGCCUUCGAGAGACAUACCCCGCGAGGUCCGAUCCAUGUUGGUGGGGGUUCCUGUGGUCGUCUCUACCUGCUUCAAGCUUUCGACAAGAGUCAGCCAGCGCUUGAGCAGUCUGGGUCGGUUGCUGCUUCUCCAAGAGACACGGUGUCCUUUCUCCGCCAGUGCCGGCGAUCCCGAGAGCCAGUUCUCUGACAACUCCUGGAUCACAGCCGUCGAGGGCCCUGAUGCUUUGGACUUCUUCAUGAACUUGGACUUGAGCAUGGAAAGACCUCCCUUUCUCGAGGAAGAUCACCGUAUCCCGGCCGUGUUUUGGGGCAUCCUGGACUUGAAGUACGAUGGCUCGAAGCCCAUCCUCGAACGCGUGCGCGUGCUGGAGACGGGCGACGGCCGGAUCUCCAAGUUUAGCGGGGACGGCGCUGCACUCCAAGACUGCAUGCGCAAUAGGUACACCUCCAAGGAGAGCGGCGUGCUCCGCAAGUUUCACGUGAUCUCGGCCGACAAGAAGCUGACGCAUGACCUCAUGGAGCUCGCUGGCUAUGGCCACAUCGUCCCAGGUCAGUGCUGCUACCCGCGCCACUACCACAUGCAGCUAGCAGAUCAGAUCACGGAAGACUUGCAACUCGAGGAUGGAGACAAGGUGGUUCUGAAACUCUGCAAUCGGAGUCGAGCAGCGGGUGUUAUCGUCGCACCAGUCGACGAACUGGACGAAGUGCUGGAAGAGAUCUUGAUUCCCCCAGAGAAGAUGGACGGAUGGCUCCAUGAAAAAUCUCGUCCGCUGCAAGAGGGGAAGAGGUCUCCCGGCGAUUUCGACCUCGCAUGGGGCAGCUUCGAGGAGCAGAAGAGGCACUGGUGGGCGAACGAAAGCCCUUGUUUCGUGGCCGAGCGCUGGUGCACCUCCACGCCCGUCCAGAAGCAAGGCAAACUCUUUGAUGGCACGAUGCGCGUUGGCUUCGUGAUACUCUACAGAAGAGAUCUGCAGCGCUCCCGGGAGCAAAACGGAGCCCAAGAUGCAGGCGCAGGUCCUGGGGACAUCCCGCAGCCAGAAGAGCUGGCAGUGCAUUGGCUGGGUGGCUACUGGAAGCUCCCGAAGAGGGACAUGUGUUCUUCUGACUUGCGCGAGCGCGUCGUCAGUGCAGCAAGGACCUCUGGCACUGCACCAGUCCGAUCGUCGGUUCUGGCUGAAGUGUACUCCGCCCUUGGCGACUCGGUCCAGCAACUUUUCGGCGGAGUCGAGCCGACAUCCAAAAUGCUGUCAGACCAGUACGAUGGGAACCCGGAGCUCGCUGCAUACUUAACUGCACGCUUGGCCGUAAGCAACCGUGAUCAUGCUCGGAUGAAGAAGAUGCUCUACGAUGCCCAAGUCCUUGCAAGCAAAAGCAUGCAGGAGCGUGGUAAGCACUUCGUCGAGUCUUUUCUCGCACGCUGCCAUGGGGUCCUCGAGGCACGCAGCGCCAACAAGGAUCGCUGGGAAGGUGCCAAGAGACACUUCGUGAAGUCCCUGAAGCAUUCCCCUUCCAAUGCGAAUGCUCUGUAUCUUCUGGGAAUGUGCGCGCUGGAGCUGGGCAAGCCGCAAGAAGCGGUGAGCCUCAUGACCAAGAGCCUGCUGCUGGAUCCAGACUUCCGUGCCCCCUAUGUCUGCUUGGGGGUUGCCUUUCUGCGGCUGAAGCAUUUCGAGGAGGCAAUUUCCAUCUCGGAGGCCUGCCUGGACAGGCACCCUUCUUCCCCACAGUGCGUGUACCACAUCGGCGUGGCCUGCUGCCAACUGUCCUUGCUCAUCACGGCGAAAGAAGCUGCAGGCAUUCCACUGGACUACCAAGAGCGGCAACUCCUGGACGACCUACGCAAGCGAGCUUUGGCAAGCCUGACGGAGGCACGCAGCCUGCAUGGUUGA